UUUGUUCUUUCCAACGAUACGCUUCUUUCUUGACAGAUUCGUCUUUGAGAAAGUGGCAAGACGAAUCAUUCUUGGGAAGGGGCAUCAUAUGCUGGAUGUUGAGACAAAAGAAAGGAGGCAUAAGCUAAAUAAAUUCAAGGAAUCAGCAUGGAAAUGUAUUUAUUAUCUGUCAGCUGAGAUAUUGGCUCUAUCUCUCACAUACGAUGAGCCGUGGUUUACUAAUACCGAAUAUUUCUGGGUGGGGCCAGGAAAUCAGGUCUGGCCUGAUCAAAAGAUCAAAUUGAAAUUGAAGGGAUUGUAUAUGUAUGCUGCUGGAUUCUACACAUACUCCAUAUUUGCUCUGAUUUUCUGGGAAACAAGGCGUACAGACUUUGGGGUGUCAAUGAGUCAUCAUGUAGCAACACUUAUUCUUAUUAUUUUAUCUUACAUUCUCAGGUUUGCUCGUGUUGGAUCAGUUGUUUUAGCUUUGCAUGAUGCAAGUGAUGUGUUUCUGGAAGUCGGGAAGAUGUCCAAGUACAGUAAAUGUGAAACGCUUGCAAGCUUUUCAUUCGUUCUUUUUGCUUUGUCAUGGGUCAUACUUCGUCUCAUUUACUAUCCAUUCUGGAUCCUUAGGAGUACAAGCUAUGAAGUUCUUUUGACUCUAGACAAGGAAGCAAACAAGGGUCAUGGCCCCAUAUACUAUUACGUGUUCAAUAUCCUCCUAUUUUGUUUGCUCGUUCUUCAUAUUUAUUGGUGGGUGUUGAUCUAUCGAAUGAUUGUAAAACAAAUCCAAGCGAGAGGCAGGGUUAGUGAAGAUGUUCGAUCUGAUUCUGAAGGUGAAGAUGAGCAUGAAGAUUGAUCCUCAUACUACAUUGACAGAAACCACAGAUAAUUAUCCAUUUUUUCCAUUGCAAUAUUGAGUUUGAUCUAUUCAAAAUUUUUGUGAUGAAAGAAGCCCUUCACAUUUGAUCUACAAGUUGAGAAGCAAGGUGUGGUGCAAGUUAGGGUGGAUGUUAACUGUUGGGAGAAUAUAUUCAUUGUUAGAAUUGUGGACCACACCAUUUACCACUGGUUUUCAUUUCUGGCUGUCAGGUAACUGAUUGUAAAGAAUUUUUUAAGGCUUGACGCUGUAAUAUUUUCUUAUAUCCUGUUCAAUCCUUUCAUUUGUAUCUGAAACAUCUUGGGAAAAUCUUGAUGUCCUAAGAUGUGUCUUAGCCUGAACAGAUUUUACUUUGGGAGCUUGUCCAAGUGUUCUUUUACAUUAUGAUUCAAGAAAAUCAAAAUCAUUCCCACA